AUGGACCUUCAGAAUAAAGUCGAAAAACUCUCUAAGGAGAUUACGAAGCGACCGUCUGCUGGCGACGCGGGAAAGUUGUCACCAGGCUCGAAGGGGGGAAACGCGCAGGCGACGACGGGAAACGCGGAAGAAUCGGCGGGUUUGACGGGGAAGGCUCUUUAUCUGAGUCGCCUCAGGAGCGGAGCGCUGUCCUCGUCCCGAGGUUCCGCCGCAACAGGCGCUCCUAGCGGGAAAGGCGCUUCUAGCGGGAAAGGCGCCUCCUUUAGCAUGGCAGGCGCUCGUAGCGGGACAGCCGCGCAUAGCUGGACGGCCGCUCAUAGCGGGACAGGUGCUAAUAACGGAACAGGCGCUCAUAGCGCGUCCAUGGGCGGAAGGGGGAUUGGCGGCGGGUCUGGCUGGCGUGCGCGGGGUAAGGCGGAGUCGGACGGCGCUUUGGCUGGGGAGGGGGAGGAGAGGCGGAAAGAUGGGGAGGAGGAGCGGCGGAAGGAGGAGGCGGAGGUGACGCAGCGAGUAGAGGAGGAGGAGGAGAAUGGACGGCUGAGAUCUUCCCUCGAGGAGCCAGAGAAAGGCAAGGCUCUUAAAGAAAUAUCUCGGGAGUCGCCGAAGGCAGAGGCCUGUAUGGAAGAAGCGAAUGGAGCUUCAAAAGAAGAAUCGGUGAAGGAAGAAAUGAAAGCAGAAUCGAAGGGAGAUUGCAAGGAAGUAUUGAAUACUCAGACGAUUACAGGCGUUUCUCAGGAUGAGAAGGACAACUAUGAGGAGUACAAAGGGUCAUCUCUUAAGGGGGAUGAGGAGUUUCGGACAGGCGUCGAGUCUGCUAAUGCUGUACAAUCUGUUAAUGGCGAGUCUUCUAACGGGGCUGAGUUCACUAACGGAGUUGAGUCUACUAACGGGACUGAGUUCGCUAACGGGGUUGAGUCUACUAACGGGGCAGCUAACGGGGGUGAGAAUACUAACGGGGUUGAGUAUAUUAACGGGGAUGAGCCUGCUGACGGGGUGAAUUUAAGGAUGGAGUGUACAGAUGAAAUAGCAGCAGCGAAGCACGAUAGUCCUGAAAAAGGAGAGCAGCAGGGGGGGCAACAACGGGAGCAACAGCAGGAAGUGACGCAGAAAGGAGAGCUGAAAGAGAAACGGCAAGAGGAGCAGCAGCAAGCAGAGCUUACUGAAGAGAAGGAAAAGGCAAGAAAAUGGGAUACUGGAGAGGGGAGUUUGGCAUCGAGAGGGGCAAAGGAAGGAGGGGAGGUGGGAGAGUGUGGGGAAGGAGGUGGGGAGGCGGGGAAAGGGAACUUGUCAAGUACCAAGGAAGUGAGGGCGGAAGAUAAGGGGGCAGUUAAAGGGGGGCAAGGGGAAGAGCAUGAGGACGGGACAAGAGCUUGCAACGAGUCAAGAGCUUGUAGCGAAUCAGCAUUAUUUAUUGAGAUAGAUUGUAAGGAGGAUGGGGCGCAGAGUCGGGUAGAAGAAGGUGCGAAUAAGGGAAAGCAGCAAACGGAGCAGCUAGAACGAGUGGCGUCAUCACUAACUGGAGCAGUUCAUAACGAGGAUAAGUUACUGAUGGGCCAAUUGUCAAGCUCCUCGUUUGGGUCAUCCUUUGGAUCUGAACCUCCCAGCCCAUCCUCCUUCAUUUCCAAGCCUCUCUUUAAGAAACUGCCUCCUGCUAUAGCGAGUACAGAAGGGCGGGCCCAGCGAUUGAAUGUACACACCGCUGAGGAAAGUGAGCCUUCUCCUAAGGGGACUCCGAGGCAGCUUGUAAGGGGUACAGGAGCAGCAGAGGAAGGGGGGGUGAGAGGGGAGGAGGCUCGAGGGCUAAUCCGGGGUGGGUGGUUGGAGCUAGGGAGAAGGCGAGAGGAGGCGGAGAGAGGACUGAGAGAAGCCUUGAGGGCGAGAGAAGAGGCAGAGAGAGGGAAGCAGGGAGCAGAGAGGAAACGGAAGGAAGCAGAAGAGAGAAUGGUUAGGGCUUUACUGGAACGGGAUGAAGCAGAGAGAAGGAGAGAGGAAGCUGAAGGGAGGUUGGGGGAAGUGGAAGGGUUGUGGAGGGAGAGUGAGAAGGGGAGAGAGAUGGAGGGGAGGAGGAGGGAGGAGGUUGAAAGGGAGUUGGAGGAGGAGAGGAGGAGGAGGGAGGAGGCGGAGAAGGGGAGGGAGGAGGCAGAGAGGAGGAAGGGUGAGGGUGAGGAGGAGAGGGAGGAGGCUGUGAGGAGGGCGAGGGAUGUGGAGAAAGAGGGGGAGAGAGUGAGGGAGGAGGUGGAGAGAGAAAGGGGAGAAAUGGAAGGGAGGUUGGUAGCAGCAAGUAAAGCAGUGAGGGAAGCUGAGGCGAAGAGAGACGUAGCUGUAAAGGCAAUGGAGGAGGCUCAUAACGGGGAAAAAGCAGCCCUUGAGUUGAGAGACCAGGCGGUAUAUGAGAGGGAGGAGAUGGCGAGGGAAAGGGAUGAGGCCGAAAGGAGGAGGGUGGAGGAGGAAUCGAGGAGGAGGAUUGCAGAGGAGGAGUGUGAGGAGGCGAAGAGGAGGAGAGAGGUUGCUGAGAGUGCGAUAGAAGAGGCGGUAGGAGCAGCAGAGGGAGCAGAGAGAGGGAGGAAGGAAGCGGAGAGGUUGAGAGAGGUUGCAGUGAGAGAGAAGGUUGAAGCUGAGAGGGUAAUGGAAGGGGCUUUAAGGGAGAGGGAUAUGGCAUUACUGAAGGUGGAAGAAGCUGCUAAGAAGGUUCUGGAUGCUGAACGGAUGAGGAUUGAGGCUAAGCGAGUGUGGGAAGAUUCGGAUAAGAUUCGGGCAGAAGCGGAAACUGCGCAGGCUGAGGCUGAGAAAGCUCGGGCAGCUGCGGAGAAGUUUAAGGCGGAGUCGGAGCUGGUUCGGGCAGCUGCGGAAAUGGCUAGGGUGGAAGCUGAGGCGAAGAAACGUGAGGUGGAAGUAUUGCGGGCAGAAACGGCGGCGGCUCUGGCUGCCCGGGAAGAGGAACGGGCAAAGAAGAUUGGACUGGAGGGGAAAAUAGAAUCUUUAAUGCUGACCGUGGAAGCGCACCAACGGGCAGGGGGGGGUAGGUUAAGUGAAGGGGAGGAAGGGGAGAGAGUGAGGGAGGCAAGGAAGCGAAUGGAGGAAGCAGAGAACGUGGCACAUGACUUGAGAGUGUGGGGGAGGCAACUUCAAGCUGAGUUGCUUAAAGGGGAGGAGGAGAGAAGGGGCCUAGAAGAAAGGUGUAGGAAGGUUGAAGGGAGGGUAAGGGAUGUGCAGAGAGUGAGGGAGGAGGCGGAUAGGGGGAGGGAGAGGGCGGAGAGGGAAAGGGACGAGGUGAUUGGGAGGAUGAAGGAGGUGCAAGGAGAAGUGUUGAGGCUGAGAAGGGAGGUGAAACGGCUGAUGGGAGAGGAGGUGGGAGAGGAGAAAGAGGAGGAGGAGGGAAAGGGAGGUAAUGAUGAAUCGAGACUUGAAACUGCUUUGGUUGCAGACUCUCCUGUAUCGAAGGGAAACUCAAAGGGGACAGUAGAAACUGAAGCUGAGGGGCAGCUGUUGCAGCUGCGUGGGUUGAUGGCAGCAGGAGGAAGGGAGGGGGAGGAGAGGUAUGGAGAGGAGGCGGAGAGGGUUAUACAGGAACUGGAGAAUGCUCUUAGCGAGUCAGAGAGGAGGAGAGUGAGUGCUGAGCAUGAGAGGGAUGUUGCUGCAAGGGAGAGGGAUGUAGCAGAGAGGGAAAGGGACGUAGCAGAGAGGCGGCUGGUUGAGAGGGAGAGGGAGAGGGAAGAAAGAGAGGGGGAGAGGGAGGAAAGAGAGAGGGAGAGGGAAGAACAAGAGAGGGAGAGGGAGGAGACGCGGUUACAGGCGGAGAAGGCGUGGAGUGAGGCUGAGCAGAAGAGAGAGGAGGCUGAGGCAGCGAAAUGCGAGGCGGAGAAAGAGAGGGAGGAAGCGGAGAAGGCAAGGAGUGAGGCUGAGCAGAAGAGGGAGGAAGCGGAGAAGGCAAGGAGUGAGGCUGAGCAGAAGAGAGAGGAGGCUGUGGCAGCGAAAUGCGAGGCGGAGAAAGAGAGGGAGGAAGUGGAGAAGGCAAGGAGUGAGGCUGAGCAGAAGAGAGAGGAGGCUGAGGCAGCGAAAUGCGAGGCGGAGAAAGAGAGGGAGGCAGUGGAGAAGGCAAGGAGUGAGGCUGAGCAGAAGAGAGAGGAGGCUGAGGCAGCGAAAUGCGAGGCGGAGAAAGAAAGGGAGGAAGCGGAGAAGGCAAGGAGUGAGGCUGAGCAGAGGAGAGAGGAGGCUGAGGCAGCGAAAUGCGAGGCGGAGAAAGAGAGGGAGGAAGCGGAGAAGGCAAGGAGUGAGGCUGAGCAGAAGAGGGAGGAAGCGGAGAAGGCAAGGAGUGAGGCUGAGCAGAAGAGAGAGGAGGCUGAGGCAGCGAAAUGCGAGGCGGAGCAAGAGAGGGAGGAAGCGGGGAAGGCAAGGAUUGAGGCUGAGCAAGCUAAAUGCGAGGCGGAGAAAGGGAGGGAGGAAGCGGAGAAGGCAAGGAGUGAAGCUGAGAAUAAGAGAGAGGAGGCUGAGGCAGGGAAAUGCGAGGCGGAGAAAGAGAGGGAGGAAGCGGAGAAGGCAAGGAGUGAGGCUGAUGCAGCUAAAUGCGAGGCGGAGAAAGGGAGGGAGGAAUCGGAGAAGGCAAAGAGUGAGGCUGAGCAGAAGAGAGAGGAGGCUGAGGCAGCGAAAUGCGAGGCGAAGAAAGAGAGGGAGGAAGCGGAGAAGGCAAGGAGUGAGGCUGAGCAGAAGAGAGAGGAGGCUGAGGCAGCGAAAUGCGAGGCGGAGAAAGAGAGGGAGGAAGCGGAGAAGGCAAGGAGCGAGGCUGAGCAGAAUAGAGAGGAGGCUGAGGCAGCGAAAUGCGAGGCGGAGAAAAAGAGGGAGGAAGCGCAGAAGGCAAGGAGCGAGGCUGAGCGGAAUAGAGAGGAGGCUGAGGCAGCGAAAUGCGAGGCGGAGAAAGAGAGGGAGGAAGCGGAGAAGGCAAGGAGUGAGGCUGAGCAGAAGAGAGAGGAGGCUGAGACAGCGAAAUGCGAGGCGGAGAAAGAGAGGGAGGAAGCGGAGAAGGCAAGGAGUGAGGCUGAGCAGAAGAGAGAGGAGGCUGAGGCAGCGAAAUGCAAGGCGGAGAAAGAGAGGGAGGAAGUGGAGCAGGCAAGGAGUGAGGCUGAGCAGAAGAGAGAGGAGGCUGAGGCAGCGAAAUGCGAGGCGGAGAAAGAGAGGGAGGAAGCGGAGAAGGCAAGGAGUGAGGCUGAAGCUGCUAAAUGCGAGGCGGAGAAAGAGAGGGAGGACGCGGAGGCAAGGAGUGAGGCUGAGCAGAAGAGAGAGGAGGCUGAGGCAGCGAAAUGCGAGUGGGAGAAAGAGAGGGAGGAAGCGGAGAAGGCAAGGAGUGAGGCUGAGCAGAAGAGAGAGGAGGCUGAGGCAGCGAAAUGCGAGUCGGAGAAAGAGAGGGAGGAAGCGGAGAAGGCAAGGAGUGAGGCUGAGCAGAAGAGAGAGGAGGCUGAGGCAGCGAAAUGCGAGGCGGAGAAAGAUAGGGAGGAAGCGGAGAAGGCAAGGAGUGAGGCUGAGCAGAAGAGAGAGGAGGCUGAGACAGCGAAAUGCGAGGCGGAGAAAGAGAGGGAGGAAGCGGAGAAGGCAAGGAGUGAGGCUGAGCAGAAGAGAGAGGAGGCUGAGGCAGCGAAAUGCGCGGCGGAGAAAGAGAGGGAGGAAGCGGAGAAGGCAAGGAGUGAGGCUGAACAGAAGAGAGAGGAGGCUGAGGCAGCGAAAUGCGAGGCGGAGAAAGAGAGGGAGGAAGCGGAGAAGGCAAGGAGCGAGGCUGAGCAGAAUAGAGAGGAGGCUGAGGCAGCAAAAUGCGAGGCGGAGAAAAAGAGGGAGGAAGCGCAGAAGGCAAGGAGCGAGGCUGAGCGGAAUAGAGAGGAGGCUGAGGCAGCAAAAUGCGAGGCGGAGAAAGAGAGGGAGGAAGCGGAGAAGGCAAGGAGCGAGGCUGAGCAGAAUAGAGAGGAGGCUGAGGCAGCGAAAUGCGUGGCGGACAAAAAGAGGGAGGAAGCGCAGAAGGCAAGGAGUGAGGCUGAGCAGAAGAGAGAGGAGGCUGAGGCAGCGAAAUGCGAGGCGGAGAAAGAGAGUGAGGAAGCGGAGAAGGCAAGGAGUGAGGCUGAGCAGAAGAGAGAGGAGGCUGAGGCAGCGAAAUGCGAGGCGGAGAAAGAGAGGGAGGAAUCGGAGAAGGCAAGGAGGGAGGCUGAGCAGAAGAGGGUGGAGGCUGAGGCAGCGAAAUGCGAGGCGGAGAAAGAGAGGGAGGAAGCGGAGAAGGCAAGGAAUGAGGCUGAGCAGAAGAGAGAGGAGGCUGAGGCAGCGAAAUGCGUGGCGGAGAAAGAGAGGGAGGAAGCGGAGAAGGCAAGGAGUGAGGCUGAGCAGAAGAGAGAGGAGGCUGAGGCAGCGAAAUGCAAGGCGGAGAAAGAGAGGGAGGAAGCGGAGCAGGCAAGGAGUGAGGCUGAGCAGAAGAGAGAGGAGGCUGGGGCAGCGAAAUGCGAGGCGGAGAAAGAGAGGGAGCAAGCGGAGAAGGCAAAGAGUGAGGCUGAGAAGAAGAGGGAGGAAGCGGAGAAGGCAAGGAGUGAGGCUGAGCAGAAGAGAGAGGAGGCUGAGGCAGCGAAAUGCGAGGCGGAGAAAGAGAGGGAGGAAGCGGAGAAGGCAAGGAGUGAGGCUGAGCAGAAGAGGGAGGAGGCUGAGGCAGCGAAAUGCGAGGCGGAGAAAGAGAGGGAGGAAGCGGAGAAGGCAAGGAGUGAGGCUGAGCAGAAGAGAGAGGAGGCUGAGACAGCGAAAUGCGAGGCGGAGAAAGAGAGGGAGGAAGCAGAGAAGGCAAGGAGUGAGGCUGAGCAGAAGAGAGAGGAGGCUGAGGCAGCGAAAUUCAAGGCGGAGAAAGAGAGGGAGGAAGCGGAGCAGGCAAGGAGUGAGGCUGAGCAAAAGAGAGAGGAGGCUGAGGCAGCGAAAUGCGAGGCGGAGAAAGAGAGGGAGGAAGCGGAGAAGGCAAGGAGUGAGGCUGAAGCUGCUAAAUGCGAGGCGGAGAAAGAGAGGGAGGACGCGGAGAAGGCAAGGAGUGAGGCUGAGCAGAAGAGAGAGGAGGCUGAGGCAGCGAAAUGCGAGUUGGAGAAAGAGAGGGAGGAAGCGGAGAAGGCAAGGAGUGAGGCUGAGCAGAAGAGAGAGGAGGCUGAGGCAGCGAAAUGCGAGUCGGAGAAAGAGAGGGAGGAAGCGGAGAAGGCAAGGAGUGAGGCUGAGCAGAAGAGAGAGGAGGCUGAGGCAGCGAAAUGCGAGGCGGAGAAAGAUAGGGAGGAAGCGGAGAAGGCUAGGAGUGAGGCUGAGCAGAAGAGAGAGGAGGCUGAGACAGCGAAAUGCGAGGCGGAGAAAGAGAGGGAGGAAGCGGAGAAGGGAAGGAGUGAGGCUGAGCAGAAGAGAGAGGAGGCUGAGGCAGCGAAAUGCGCGGCGGAGAAAGAGAGGGAGGAAGCGGAGAAUGCAAGGAGUGAGGCUGAGCAGAAGAGAGAGGAGGCUGAGGCAGCGAAAUUCGAGGCGGAGAAAGAGAGGGAGGAAGCGGAGAAGGCAAGGAGUGAGGCUGAACAGAAGAGAGAGGAGGCUGAGGCAGCGAAAUGCGAGGCGGAGAAAGAGAGGGAGGAAGCGGAGAAGGCAAGGAGUGAGGCUGAGCAGAAGAGAGAGGAGGCUGAGGCAGCGAAAUGCGAGGCGGAGAAAGAUAGGGAGGAAGCGGAGAAGGCAAGGAGUGAGGCUGAGCAGAAGAGAGAGGAGGCUGAGAUAGCGAAAUGCGAGGCGGAGAAAGAGAGGGAGGAAGCGGAGAAGGCAAGGAGUGAGGCUGAGCAGAAGAGAGAGGAGGCUGAGGCAGCGAAAUUCAAGACGGAGAAAGAGAGGGAGGAAGCGGAGCAGGCAAGGAGUGAGGCUGAGCAGAAGAGAGAGGAGGCUGAGGCAGCGAAAUGCGAGGCGGAGAAAGAGAGGGAGGAAGCGGAGAAGGCAAGGAGUGAGGCUGAAGCUGCUAAAUGCGAGGCGGAGAAAGAGAGGGAGGACGCGGAGAAGGCAUGGAGUGAGGCUGAGCAGAAGAGAGAGGAGGCUGAGGCAGCGAAAUGCGAGUCGGAGAAAGAGAGGGAGGAAGCGGAGAAGGCAAGGAGUGAGUCUGAGCAGAAGAGAGAGGAGGCUGAGGCAGCGAAAUGCGAGUCGGAGAAAGAGAGGGAGGAAGCGGAGAAGGCAAGGAGUGAGGCUGAGCAGAAGAGAGAGGAGGCUGAGGCAGCGAAAUGCGAGGCGGAGAAAGAUAGGGAGGAAGCGGAGAAGGCAAGGAGUGAGGCUGAGCAGAAGAGAGAGGAGGCUGAGACAGCGAAAUGCGAGGCGGAGAAAGAGAGGGAGGAAGCGGAGAAGGGAAGGAGUGAGGCUGAGCAGAAGAGAGAGGAGGCUGAGGCAGCGAAAUGCGCGGCGGAGAAAGAGAGGGAGGAAGCGGAGAAGGCAAGGAGUGAGGCUGAGCAGAAGAGAGAGGAGGCUGAGGCAGCGAAAUUCGAGGCGGAGAAAGAGAGGGAGGAAGCGGAGAAGGCAAGGAGUGAGGCUGAACAGAAGAGAGAGGAGGCUGAGGCAGCGAAAUGCGAGGCGGAGAAAAAGAGGGAGGAAGCGGAGAAGGCAAGGAGCGAGGCUGAGCAGAAUAGAGAGGAGGCUGAGGCAGCGAAAUGCGAGGCGGACAAAAAGAGGGAGGAAGCGCAGAAGGCAAGGAGCGAGGCUGAGCGGAAUAGAGAGGAGGCUGAGGCAGCGAAAUGCGAGGCGGAGAAAGAGAGGGAGGAAGCGGAGAAGGCAAGGAGUGAGGCUGAGCAGAAGAGAGAGGAGGCUGAGGCAGCGAAAUGCGAGGCGGAGAAAGAGAGGGAGGAAGCGGAGAAGGCAAGGAGUGAGGCUGAGCAGAAGAGAGAGGAGGCUGAGGCAGCGAAAUGCGAGGCGGAGAAAGAGAGGGAGGAAGCGGAGAAGGCAAGGAGCGAGGCUGAGCAGAAGAGAGAGGAGGCUGAGGCAGCGAAAUGCGAAGCGGAGAAAGAGAGGGAGGAAGCGGAGAAGGCAAGGAGGGAGGCUGAGCAGAAGAGGGAGGAAGUGGAGAAGGCAAGGAGUGAGGCUGAGCAGAAGAGAGAGGAGGCUGAGGCAGCGAAAUGCGAGGCCGAGAAAGAGAGGGAGGAAGCGGAGAAGGCAAGGAGUGAGGCUGAGCAGAAGAGGGAGGAGGCUGAGGCAGCGAAAUGCGAGGCGGAGAAAGAGAGGGAGGAAGCGGAGAAGGCAAGGAGUGAGGCUGAGCAGAAGAGAGAGGAGGCUGAGAUAGCGAAAUGCGAGGCGGAGAAAGAGAGGGAGGAAGCGGAGAAGGCAAGGAGUGAGGCUGAGCAGAAGAGAGAGGAGGCUGAGGCAGCGAAAUUCAAGGCGGAGAAAGAGAGGGACGAAGCGGAGCAGGCAAGGAGUGAGGCUGAGCAGAAGAGAGAGGAGGCUGAGGCAGCGAAAUGCGAGGCGGAGAAAGAGAGGGAGGAAGCGGAGAAGGCAAGGAGUGAGGCUGAAGCUGCUAAAUGCGAGGCGGAGAAAGAGAGGGAGGACGCGGAGAAGGCAAGGAGUGAGGCUGAGCAGAAGAGAGAGGAGGCUGAGGCAGCGAAAUGCGAGACGGAGAAAGAUAGGGAGGAAGCGGAGAAGGCAAGGAGUGAGGCUGAGCAGAAGAGAGAGGAGGCUGAGGCAGCGAAAUGCGAGUCGGAGAAAGAGAGGGAGGAAGCGGAGAAGGCAAGGAGUGAGGCUGAGCAGAAGAGAGAGGAGGCUGAGGCAGCGAAAUGGGAGGCGGAGAAAGAUAGGGAGGAAGCGGAGAAGGCAAGGAGUGAGGCUGAGCAGAAGAGAGAGGAGGCUGAGACAGCGAAAUGCGAGGCGGAGAAAGAGAGGGAGGAAGCGGAGAAGGGAUGGAGUGAGGCUGAGCAGAAGAGAGAGGAGGCUGAGGCAGCGAAAUGCGCGGCGGAGAAAGAGAGGGAGGAAGCGGAGAAGGCAAGGAGUGAGGCUGAGCAGAAGAGAGAGGAGGCUGAGGCAACGAAAUGCGAGGCGGAGAAAGAGAGGGAGGAAGCGGAGAAGGCAAGGAGUGAGGCUGAGAAAAAGAGAGAGGAGGCUGACGCAGCGAAAUGCGAGGCGGAGAAAGAGAGGGAGGAAGCGGAGAAGGCAAGGAGUGAGGCUGAGCAGAAGAGAGAGGAGGCUGAGGCAGCGAAAUGCGAGGCGGAGAAAGAGAGGGAGGAAGCGGAGAAGGCAAGGAGUGAGGCUGAUGCAGCGAAAUGCGAGGCGGAGAAAGAGAGGGAGGAAGCGGAGAAGGCAAAGAGUGAGGCUGAGCAGAAGAGAGAGGAGGCUGAGGCAGCGAAAUGCGAGGCGGAGAAAGAGAGGGAGGAAGUGGAGAUGGCAAGGAGUGAGGCUGAGCAGAAGAGAGAGGAGGCUGAGGCAGCGAAUUGCGAGGCGGAGAAAGAGAGUGAGGAAGCGGAGAAGGCAAGGAGUGAGGCUGAGCAGAAGAGAGAGGAGGCUGAGGCAGCGAAAUGCGAGGCGGAGAAAGAGAGGGAGGAAGCGGAGAAGGCAAGGAGUGAGGCUGAGCAGAAGAGAGAGGAGGCUGAGGCAGUGAAAUGCGAGGCGGAGAAAGAGAGGGAGGAAGCGGAGAAGGCAAGGAGUGAGGCUGAGCAGAAGAGAGAGGAGGCUGAGGCAGCGAAAUGCGAGGCGGAGAAAGAGAAGGAGGAAGCGGAGAAGGCAAGGAGUGAGGCUGAGCAGAAGAGGGAGGAGGCUGAGGUAGCGAAAUGCGAGGCGGAGAAAGAGAGGGAGGAAGCGGAGAAGGCAAGGAGUGAGGCUGAGCAGAAGAGAGAGGAGGCUGAGACAGCGAAAUGCGAGGCGGAGAAAGAGAGGGAGGAAGCAGAGAAGGCAAGGAGUGAGGCUGAGCAGAAGAGAGAGGAGGCUGAGGCAGCGAAAUGCGAGGCGGAGAAAGAGAGGGAGGAAGCGGAGAAGGCAAGGAGUGAGGCUGAGCAGAAGAGAGAGGAGGCUGAGGCAGCGAAAUGCGAGGCGGAGAAAGAGAGGGAGGAAGCGGAGAAGGCAAGGAGUGAGGCUGAGCAGAAGAGAGAGGAGGCUGAGGCAGCGAAAUGCGAGGCGGAGAAAGAGAGGGAGGAAGCGGAGAAGGCAAGGAGUGAGGCUGAGCAAAAGAGAGAGGAGGCUGAGGCAGCGAAAUGCGAGGCGGAGAAAGAGAGGGAGGAAGCGGAGAAGGCAAGGAGUGAGGCUGAGCAAAAGAGAGAGGAGGCUGAGGCAGCGAAAUGCGAGGCGGAGAAAGAGAGGGACGAAGUGGAGAAGGCAAGGAGUGAGGCUGAGCAGAAGAGAGAGGAGGCUGAGGCAGCGAAAUGCGAGGCGGAGAAAGAGAGGGAGGAAGCGGAGAAGGCAAGGAGUGAGGCUGAGCAGAAGAGAGAGGAGGCUGAGGCAGCGAAAUGCGAGGCGGAGAAAGAGAGGGAGGAAGCGGAGAAGGCAAGGAGUGAGGCUGAGCAGAAGAGAGAGGAGGCUGAGGCAGCGAAAUGCGAGGCAGAGAAAGAGAGUGAGGAAGCGGAGAAGGCAAGGAGUGAGGCUGAGCAGAAGAGAGAGGAGGCUGAGGCAGCGAAAUGCGAGGCGGAGAAAGAGAGGGAGGAAGCGGAGAAGGCAAGGAGUGAGGCUGAGCAGAAGAGAGAGGAGGCUGAGGCAGCGAAAUGCGAGGCGGAGAAAGAGAGGGAGGAAGCGGAGAAGGCAAGGAGUGAGGCUGAGCAAAAGAGAGAGGAGGCUGAGGCAGCGAAAUGCGAGGCGGAGAAAGAGAGGGAGGAAGCGGAGAAGGCAAGGAGUGAGGCUGAGCAAAAGAGAGAGGAGGCUGAGGCAGCGAAAUGCGAGGCGGAGAAAGAGAGGGACGAAGUGGAGAAGGCAAGGAGUGAGGCUGAGCAGAAGAGAGAGGAGGCUGAGGCAGCGAAAUGCGAGGCGGAGAAAGAGAGGGAGGAAGCGGAGAAGGCAAGGAGUGAGGCUGAGCAGAAGAGAGAGGAGGCUGAGGCAGCGAAAUGCGAGGCGGAGAAAGAGAGGGAGGAAGCGGAGAAGGCAAGGAGUGAGGCUGAGCAGAAGAGAGAGGAGGCUGAGGCAGCGAAAUGCGAGGCGGAGAAAGAGAGUGAGGAAGCGGAGAAGGCAAGGAGUGAGGCUGAGCAGAAGAGAGAGGAGGCUGAGGCAGCGAAAUGCAAGGCGGAGAAAGAGAGGGAGGAAGCGGAGAAGGCAAGGAGUGAGGCUGAGCAGAAGAGAGAGGAGGUUGAGGCAGCGAAAUGCGAGGCGGAGAAAGAGAGGGAGGAAGCGGAGAAGGCAAAGAGUGAGGCUGAGCAGAAGAGAGAGGAGGUUGAGGCAGCGAAAUGCGAGGCGGAGAAAGAGAGGGAGGAAGCGGAGAUGGCAAGGAGUGAGGCUGAGCAGAAGAGAGAGGAGGCUGAGGCAGCAAAAUGCAAGGCGGAGAAAGAGAGGGAGGACGCGAAGAAGGCAAGGAGUGAGGCUGAGCAGAAGAGAGAGGAGGCUGAGGCAGCGAAAUGUGAGGCGGAGAAAGAGAGGGAGGAAGCGGAGAUGGCAAGGAGUGAGGCUGAGCAGAAGAGAGAGGAGGCUGAGGCAGCGAAAUGCAAGGCGGAGAAAGAGAGGGAGGACGCGAAGAAGGCAAGGAGUGAGGCUGAGCAGAAGAGAGAGGAGGCUGAGGCAGCGAAAUGCGAGGCGGAGAAAGAGAAGGAGGAAGCGGAGAAGGCAAGGAGUGAGGCUGAGCAGAAGAGGGAGGAGGCUGAGGUAGCGAAAUGCGAGGCGGAGAAAGAGAGGGAGGAAGCGGAGAAGGCAAGGAGUGAGGCUGAGCAGAAGAGAGAGGAGGCUGAGACAGCGAAAUGCGAGGCGGAGAAAGAGAGGGAGGAAGCAGAGAAGGCAAGGAGUGAGGCUGAGCAGAAGAGAGAGGAGGCUGAGGCAGCGAAAUGCGAGGCGGAGAAAGAGAGGGAGGAAGCGGAGAAGGCAAGGAGUGAGGCUGAGCAGAAGAGAGAGGAGGCUGAGGCAGCGAAAUGCGAGGCGGAGAAAGAGAGGGAGGAAGCGGAGAAGGCAAGGAGUGAGGCUGAGCAGAAGAGAGAGGAGGCUGAGGCAGCGAAAUGCGAGGCGGAGAAAGAGAGGGAGGAAGCGGAGAAGGCAAGGAGUGAGGCUGAGCAAAAGAGAGAGGAGGCUGAGGCAGCGAAAUGCGAGGCGGAGAAAGAGAGGGAGGAAGCGGAGAAGGCAAGGAGUGAGGCUGAGCAAAAGAGAGAGGAGGCUGAGGCAGCGAAAUGCGAGGCGGAGAAAGAGAGGGACGAAGUGGAGAAGGCAAGGAGUGAGGCUGAGCAGAAGAGAGAGGAGGCUGAGGCAGCGAAAUGCGAGGCGGAGAAAGAGAGGGAGGAAGCGGAGAAGGCAAGGAGUGAGGCUGAGCAGAAGAGAGAGGAGGCUGAGGCAGCGAAAUGCGAGGCGGAGAAAGAGAGGGAGGAAGCGGAGAAGGCAAGGAGUGAGGCUGAGCAGAAGAGAGAGGAGGCUGAGGCAGCGAAAUGCGUGGCGGAGAAAGAGAGUGAGGAAGCGGAGAAGGCAAGGAGUGAGGCUGAGCAGAAGAGAGAGGAGGCUGAGGCAGCGAAAUGCGAGGCGGAGAAAGAGAGGGAGGAAGCGGAGAAGGCAAGGAGUGAGGCUGAGCAGAAGAGAGAGGAGGCUGAGGCAGCGAAAUGCGAGGCGGAGAAAGAGAGGGAGGAAGCGGAGAAGGCAAGGAGUGAGGCUGAGCAAAAGAGAGAGGAGGCUGAGGCAGCGAAAUGCGAGGCGGAGAAAGAGAGGGAGGAAGCGGAGAAGGCAAGGAGUGAGGCUGAGCAAAAGAGAGAGGAGGCUGAGGCAGCGAAAUGCGAGGCGGAGAAAGAGAGGGACGAAGUGGAGAAGGCAAGGAGUGAGGCUGAGCAGAAGAGAGAGGAGGCUGAGGCAGCGAAAUGCGAGGCGGAGAAAGAGAGGGAGGAAGCGGAGAAGGCAAGGAGUGAGGCUGAGCAGAAGAGAGAGGAGGCUGAGGCAGCGAAAUGCGAGGCGGAGAAAGAGAGGGAGGAAGCGGAGAAGGCAAGGAGUGAGGCUGAGCAGAAGAGAGAGGAGGCUGAGGCAGCGAAAUGCGAGGCGGAGAAAGAGAGUGAGGAAGCGGAGAAGGCAAGGAGUGAGGCUGAGCAGAAGAGAGAGGAGGCUGAGGCAGCGAAAUGCAAGGCGGAGAAAGAGAGGGAGGAAGCGGAGAAGGCAAGGAGUGAGGCUGAGCAGAAGAGAGAGGAGGUUGAGGCAGCGAAAUGCGAGGCGGAGAAAGAGAGGGAGGAAGCGGAGAAGGCAAAGAGUGAGGCUGAGCAGAAGAGAGAGGAGGUUGAGGCAGCGAAAUGCGAGGCGGAGAAAGAGAGGGAGGAAGCGGAGAUGGCAAGGAGUGAGGCUGAGCAGAAGAGAGAGGAGGCUGAGGCAGCAAAAUGCAAGGCGGAGAAAGAGAGGGAGGACGCGAAGAAGGCAAGGAGUGAGGCUGAGCAGAAGAGAGAGGAGGCUGAGGCAGCGAAAUGUGAGGCGGAGAAAGAGAGGGAGGAAGCGGAGAUGGCAAGGAGUGAGGCUGAGCAGAAGAGAGAGGAGGCUGAGGCAGCGAAAUGCAAGGCGGAGAAAGAGAGGGAGGACGCGAAGAAGGCAAGGAGUGAGGCUGAGCAGAAGAGAGAGGAGGCUGAGGCAGCGAAAUGUGAGGCGGAGAAAGAGAGGGAGGAAGCGGAGAUGGCAAGGAGUGAGGCUGAGCAGAAGAGAGAGGAGGCUGAGGCAGCGAAAUGCAAGGCGGAGAAAGAGAGGGAGGAAGCGGAGAAGGCAAGGAGUGAGGCUGAGCAGAAGAGAGAGGAGGUUGAGGCAGCGAAAUGCGAGGCGGAGAAAGAGAGGGAGGAAGCGGAGAAGGCAAAGAGUGAGGCUGAGCAGAAGAGAGAGGAGGUUGAGGCAGCGAAAUGCGAGGCGGAGAAAGAGAGGGAGGAAGCGGAGAAGGCAAGGAGUGAGGCUGAGCAGAAGAGAGAGGAGGCUGAGGCAGCGAAAUGCGAGGCGGAGAAAGAGAGGGAGGAAGCGGAGAAGGCAAGGAGUGAGGCUGAGCAGAAGAGAGAGGAGGCUGAGGCAGCGAAAUGCGAGGCAGAGAAAGAAAGGGAGGAAGCGGAGAAGGCAAGGAGUGAGGCUGAGCAGAAGAGAGAGGAGGCUGAGGCAGCGAAAUGCGAGGCGGAGAAAGAGAGUGAGGAAGCGGAGAAGGCAAGGAGUGAGGCUGAGCAGAAGAGAGAGGAGGCUGAGGCAGCGAAAUGCGAGGCGGAGAAAGAGAGGGAGGAAGCGGAGAAGGCAAGGAGUGAGGCUGAGCAGAGAAGAGAGGAGGCUGAGGCAGCGAAAUGCGAGGCGGAGAAAGAUAGGGAGGAAGCGGAGAAGGCAAGGAGUGAGGCUGAGCAGAAGAGAGAGGAGGCUGAGGCAGCGAAAUGCGAGGCGGAGAAAGAGAGGGAGGAAGCGGAGAAGGCAAGGAGUGAGGCUGAGCAGAAGAGAGAGGAGGCUGUGGCAGCGAAAUGCGAGGCGGAGAAAGAGAGGGAGGAAGCGGAGAAGGCAAGGAGUGAGGCUGAUGCAGCGAAAUGCGAGGCGGAGAAAGAGAGGGAGGAAGCAGAGAAGGCAAGGAGUGAGGCUGAGCAGAAGAGAGAGGAGGCUGAGGCAGCGAAAUGCGAGGCGGAGAAAGAUAGGGAGGAAGCGGAGAAGGCAAGGAGUGAGGCUGAGCAGAAGAGAGAGGAGGCUGAGGCAGCGAAAUGCGAGGCGGAGAAAGAGAGGGAGGAAGCGGAGAAGGCAAGGAGUGAGGCUGAGCAGAAGAGAGAGGAGGCUGAGGCAGCGAAAUGCGCGGCGGAGAAAGAGAGGGAGGAAGCGGAGAAUGCAAGGAGUGAGGCUGAGCAGAAGAGAGAGGAGGCUGAGGCAGCAAAAUGCAAGGCGGAGAAAGAGAGGGAGGACGCGGAGAAGGCAAGGAGUGAGGCUGAGCAGAAGAGAGAGGAGGCUGAGGCAGCGAAAUUCGAGGCGGAGAAAGAGAGGGAGGAAGCGGAGAAGGCAAGGAGUGAGGCUGAGCAGAAGAGAGAGGAGGCUGAGGCAGCGAAAUGCGAGGCGGAGAAAGAGAGCGAGGAAGCGGAGAUGGCAAGGAGUGAGGCUGAGCAGAAGAGAGAGGAGGCUGAGGCAGCGAAAUGCGAGGCGGAGAAAGAGAGGGAGGAAGCGGAGAAGGCAAGGAGUGAGGCUGAGCAGAAGAGAGAGGAGGCUGAGGCAGUGAAAUGCGAGGCGGAGAAAGAGAGGGAGGAAGCGGAGAAGGCAAGGAGUGAGGCUGAGCAGAAGAGAGAGGAGGCUGAGGCAGCGCAAUGCGAGGCGGAGAAAGAGAGGGAGGAAGCGGAGAAGGCAAGGAGUGAGGCUGAGCAAAAGAGAGAGGAGGCUGAGGCAGCGAAAUGCGAGGCGGAGAAAGAGAGGGAGGAAGCGGAGAUGGCAAGGAGUGAGGCUGAGCAGAAGAGAGAGGAGGCUGAGGCAGCGAAAUGCAAGGCGGAGAAAGAGAGGGAGGAAGCGGAGAAGGCAAGGAGUGAGGCUGAGCAGAAGAGAGAGGAGGUUGAGGCAGCGAAAUGCGAGGCGGAGAAAGAGAGGGAGGAAGCGGAGAAGGCAAAGAGUGAGGCUGAGCAGAAGAGAGAGGAGGUUGAGGCAGCGAAAUGCGAGGCGGAGAAAGAGAGGGAGGAAGCGGAGAAGGCAAGGAGUGAGGCUGAGCAGAAGAGAGAGGAGGCUGAGGCAGCGAAAUGCGAGGCGGAGAAAGAGAGGGAGGAAGCGGAGAAGGCAAGGAGUGAGGCUGAGCAGAAGAGAGAGGAGGCUGAGGCAGCGAAAUGCGAGGCAGAGAAAGAAAGGGAGGAAGCGGAGAAGGCAAGGAGUGAGGCUGAGCAGAAGAGAGAGGAGGCUGAGGCAGCGAAAUGCGAGGCGGAGAAAGAGAGUGAGGAAGCGGAGAAGGCAAGGAGUGAGGCUGAGCAGAAGAGAGAGGAGGCUGAGGCAGCGAAAUGCGAGGCGGAGAAAGAGAGGGAGGAAGCGGAGAAGGCAAGGAGUGAGGCUGAGCAGAGAAGAGAGGAGGCUGAGGCAGCGAAAUGCGAGGCGGAGAAAGAUAGGGAGGAAGCGGAGAAGGCAAGGAGUGAGGCUGAGCAGAAGAGAGAGGAGGCUGAGGCAGCGAAAUGCGAGGCGGAGAAAGAGAGGGAGGAAGCGGAGAAGGCAAGGAGUGAGGCUGAGCAGAAGAGAGAGGAGGCUGAGGCAGCGAAAUGCGAGGCGGAGAAAGAGAGGGAGGAAGCGGAGAAGGCAAGGAGUGAGGCUGAGCAGAAGAGAGAGGAGGCUGAGGCAGCAAAAUGCAAGGCGGAGAAAGAGAGGGAGGACGCGGAGAAGGCAAGGAGUGAGGCUGAGCAGAAGAGAGAGGAGGCUGAGGCAGCGAAAUUCGAGGCGGAGAAAGAGAGGGAGGAAGCGGAGAAGGCAAGGAGUGAGGCUGAGCAGAAGAGAGAGGAGGCUGAGGCAGCGAAAUGCGAGGCGGAGAAAGAGAGCGAGGAAGCGGAGAUGGCAAGGAGUGAGGCUGAGCAGAAGAGAGAGGAGGCUGAGGCAGCGAAAUGCGAGGCGGAGAAAGAGAGGGAGGAAGCGGAGAAGGCAAGGAGUGAGGCUGAGCAGAGAAGAGAGGAGGCUGAGGCAGCGAAAUGCGAGGCGGAGAAAGAUAGGGAGGAAGCGGAGAAGGCAAGGAGUGAGGCUGAGCAGAAGAGAGAGGAGGCUGAGGCAGCGAAAUGCGAGGCGGAGAAAGAGAGGGAGGAAGCGGAGAAGGCAAGGAGUGAGGCUGAGCAGAAGAGAGAGGAGGCUGUGGCAGCGAAAUGCGAGGCGGAGAAAGAGAGGGAGGAAGCGGAGAAGGCAAGGAGUGAGGCUGAUGCAGCGAAAUGCGAGGCGGAGAAAGAGAGGGAGGAAGCAGAGAAGGCAAGGAGUGAGGCUGAGCAGAAGAGAGAGGAGGCUGAGGCAGCGAAAUGUGAGGCGGAGAAAGAGAGGGAGGAAGCGGAGAUGGCAAGGAGUGAGGCUGAGCAGAAGAGAGAGGAGGCUGAGGCAGCGAAAUGCAAGGCGGAGAAAGAGAGGGAGGAAGCGGAGAAGGCAAGGAGUGAGGCUGAGCAGAAGAGAGAGGAGGUUGAGGCAGCGAAAUGCGAGGCGGAGAAAGAGAGGGAGGAAGCGGAGAAGGCAAAGAGUGAGGCUGAGCAGAAGAGAGAGGAGGUUGAGGCAGCGAAAUGCGAGGCGGAGAAAGAGAGGGAGGAAGCGGAGAAGGCAAGGAGCGAGGCUGAGCAGAAGAGAGAGGAGGCUGAGGCAGCGAAAUGCGAAGCGGAGAAAGAGAGGGAGGAAGCGGAGAAGGCAAGGAGGGAGGCUGAGCAGAAGAGGGAGGAAGCGGAGAAGGCAAGGAGUGAAGCUGAGCAGAAGAGAGAGGAGGCUGAGGCAGCGAAAUGCGAGGCGGAGAAUGAAAGGGAGGAAGCGGAGAAGGCAAGGAGUGAGGCUGAGCAGAAGAGAGAGGAGGCUGAGGCAGUUAAAUGCGAGGCGGAGAAAGAGAGGGAGGAAGCGGAGAAGGCAAGGAAUUCUGUUGACAAAGCUAUGAGGGAUGCUGACAAGGCUAGACUGGAUGCUGAUGUGGCAAGACGUGAUGCUGAUGUGGCAAGACGUGAUGCUGAAAUGGCACGACGAGAGGCUGAUGCGGCCAGACGUGUUGCUGACGAAUGUAAGCUCGCUGCUGAGCUGGCAAAACAAGCUUCUGACUUGGCAAGGCAAGAUGCUGAAGUGGCGAGGCGUGCAGCCGAGCAGGCAGAGGAGGAAAGAAGGAUGGCUGAGAGAAUAAGAGAGGAGGCCGGGAAGAAUGGGGAUGGAGGGGGGUGGGUGAAGGAACUGGAACGGUUGAGGCUUGAAUUGGAGAUGACUAGGAUUGAGGGGGAGAUUGCAAGGAAAGAGCUUGAAAGAGUGACAAGGGAUGGGGAGUUUGUGAGGGAGGAGCUUCAGAGAGUGGGAAGGGAUGGAGAGAGUUUGAAGGAAGAACUAGAGAGAGUUAGAGGGGAGUUGGGGAGAGUGAGAAAGGAGCUGGAGCGAGUGACGGGGGCUAAGAGGGAGAGUGUGCGGAACCUGAGCGAGUCGUUGGUGGCUUCAGAGGAGCAGAGGAAGAAGCUGGUGGAGCUGCUUCGAAUGGCCGAGAGCUUUGAAGAAUGGGCGGACGUGUUCCCCCCUGGCCCCACCUGCCACCACACAGAGUACUUCCUCACCUUCGACGAGCUCAAGAGGAGUGGCGUCCCCUUCCCCCCCAAUCGCCACACUGCAAGCUCCCACCACUCCCCCUCCAUCCCUGUGCCGACUCCCGAGCGUGCAGCAGCCAGUCACGGCGUGCCACCUGGCGGCCUCCCCCCGCACCUGCAUCCCCAUGCCAACCACUCCACCCCUCCUCAACUCUACAACUCACCCACCUACGGCAGCCCCGUUGGGGGGGGAUACAGUCCGGGUAACCCUGCUGCUGCUGCUUAUAACGGAGCUGCUUAUAACGGGGCAGCUUAUAACGGAGCUGGUUAUGAUGGUGCGCGGUCUCCUCUUGGAGGUCCCAGGUCGUUACCACCGCAGCCACAGCCCCCUCCCUUGCAUUAUCAGCAGCCGCAGGCACAGGCACAGCAGCAGCAGAGUGGGAGUGGGUCACAGAACGGGACGAGUGCCAAGCCUAUGAGUCUGGCAGACAUCACCACGGGGUUGAACUCGGUGGAGGUGUUAUCUGACCUGCUCUCAGCCGCACCCAAGGACAACCCUGGCUCUGUGUUGGGGGACGAGUUGGUGCAGCAGCUGGUGGGGGAGUGCCGGGGGCUAGAGGGGCGUCUAGCAGCCACGAUCAACUCCACCAGUGACGAGCACCUGCUCCGUUCUGCCCUGGCUCUCAACGACGAGGUGCAGGCAGUCAUGAAGCGCCACAGCCAGCUGCAGAAAUCCUCUCCUGCCGCUGCUAGUGCUGGUGGUGGUGGUGCAUCUGCUCCUGGCUCGGCUGCAGCAGCAGGGGCAGCAGCAGCAGCAGGGGGAGUGCAGUGGGCGCAGUACGAUGGGGAGGGAGACACUGACAGCGAGCCGACCAUUCAGCUCGACAGGCGCGGACAGGCGAGGUGCGCCAUCUUCCUUCCCCAUCCGCCCCUCAGCUUCCCCCACACCCUCCUACUCGUUCCCCCACACCCUCAUACUCGUUCCCCCUUGCCCCUCCGCAUUUAUCGCACCCCCCACAUUCUCCCCAUUUUCCCCCCGUUUCUCCCGCCCUGCUUCUGCUCCCCCCCCCCACCCUACAGUGCGCCAUCUGCCUUCUCCAUCCGCCCCUCAGCUUCCCCCACCUUCUCCCCGAGCGCCCCCCCCGCCUCCCCCCUGCUCCCCCUUCCCCCUGACUGGAAACGCUCCUCCACGCCUCAUGCCCCCUCUGCCCCCACUGCCCCUGCUUCUUCUGCUGGUUCUUCUGCUAGUGGUGCUGGUGGUUCUGUUGGUGCUGACACUGGGUCAGCAGGAGAAUCUGCAGCAUCAGGAGCAGCAGCAGGAGGAGAAGGGGGAGCAGCAGGAGGAGCAGCAGCAGGGGCAGGAGCAGCACCCCCCUAUUCGCUUCCACCAUACGGCUCAGCCCCUGAUCUGCCAGCCAUGACCGCCCACAUGUCUCACUUGAACCUCGCCCAACCCUCACCCAACGCACAUCCCCACACACAUUCCGAACCUGCCUCCCGGGACGUGUCUCCCUUCCCUGCCCAAGCCUGGGGAACAGGUUCGGCUGCUGCUGCCAUUCCUGCUGCUCCCGCUGCUCCUGUUUAUCGCUCAGCCACUGAUAUGCUUCUUGCUGAGCUGUCGCCGUCCAAUCCGUUUGCGCCAGGCGUGCAAGCAGCCACAGCUGGAGGAGAAGGACAAGGGGGAGGAGCAGGAGCAUCUGUUUCCGCAGGAGCAGAGUCAGCACUACCACCAGCAGCGGCUCGUGCAUUAGACUUUGGCUCUAGCACUGCACCCAACCCCUUUGGACCCGUUCCUCCCUCUUUCACCACCGAGCCUUCCCCAUUCGAUUCCGAGCCUUCCUUUCAAGCCCUUCCAAAUUCAGGCCACUCCUCUACCGCCCCUUCCCCUGCUCCAUCUCCAUACAAUCCCCAAUCCACACACCUCCCUUCUCCCCAGACCUACCCGUCUCCAUACACUCACACCACGUUACAGUCACAGCCCCCUUCCACCUCCUCCACUCCUGCUGCUGCGCUAGGCUCUGGGUUUGGCUCUGCCCCCGGAUCUGCCCCGCCCCGCCUCUCCAAUUCCCUUCCUUCUCACUCACCCACUGACCCCUUUGGUGGUUCCGGCUCUGGUGCUGCCGGUUUAGGUGCUGGCGGGCGAGGUUUUACUGGUGCAGGCUCAUCUGGGUUCCCCGCUUCUGCUUCUCAUCCUCCCUCUACUGCCCCGAGCUACCAGUCAUCCCAUCCUGGUCAGAUGUACCCAACCCAUUAUGACCCGAAUCAGCAAUCCUGGCAGCAGCAACUCACACAACAGCAGCAGCAGCAGCAGCAGCAGCAGCAGCAGCAGCAGCAGCAGCAGCAGCAGCAGCAGCAGCAGCAGCAGCAGCAGCAGCAGCAGCAGCAGCAGCAGCAGCAGCAGCAGCAGCAGCAGCAGCAGCAGCAGCAGCAGCAGCAGCAGCAGCAGCAGCAGCAGCAGCAGCAGCAGCAGCAGCAGCAGCAGCAGCAGCAGCAGCAGCAGCAGCAGCAGCAGCAGCAGCAGCAGCAGCAGCAGCAGCAGCAGCAGCAGCAGCAGCCGCAGCAGCAACAUUAUCCGCCUCCCAUUUAUCCCCAAAUGCCAGGCCAGCAACACCAACAGGGUAUGGGGAUGGGCAUGGGGAAUUCAUACCCAUCGCUCUCUCCUACCAAGCCUCCUGCAGCUGGUUCGGUGAUGAGCCUCGGCGGUAGCAGUGGGGGCAUGCAGCAUGGCUUUCAGCAGCAGCAGCCACAGCAGCAGCAACAGCAGCAGCAGCAGCAGCAGCAGCAGCAGCAGCAGCAGGCGUUGGGACCGGCAGGAUUGACGAGACAGCAGUUGGCACGGAAUGAAGACCCCAUGCUUACAACAUCCAUGUUUGCAGAUCUGAAAGAUAUCAAUGCGUCUCUAGCUCGGGAUAUCAACUCUGCAAAAACAGGGGCAGCAGUGAGGCGUUAA